UCAAGUAUAGAGGCCAAAACUCAGCUAACGCACCACAAAGUCAGGCAAAUUAAUUUUUUGAUUAACAAUUGAACGCAAACGUGUGCGCUAGCUGCUAACACGCAAAAAAGUGCGUGUAUACAAGCACCAAAAACUGCGGAACCAAUAUUCCAACGGCAAAGGCAGGCUAAAAGUGAUAGCCACAGAGACACACCACACACACGCACGCACUACCACAAAGAGGACACACACAUACACGCACGCACGCACGCAAGACAACCAGCAGCGGGCAGAAGGCAUAAUAGACCUCUAAAAAUCAAGGCGCGCGCUCUGGCUGUGUGCGCCACUGCCCCCCAAGAAGAAGAAGAAGACGGCGACGACGUAGUAGAAGAAUCGGAUUUGGAUCUGGACUUGAGUCUAAAGACAAACAUAGACGACAUAGAUCCAGGCCAAAGCAACAAUAACACCAACAACGGCGUGCAUUCAGUCGUCACGGCAGAAGAGAAGGCAGAGGGCCAACAGCAAAAUACACAAUUUAACAAAACGGGUACAAAAUUUAAUGCAUUAAUUAAUAGAAGAAGGAGCCGUAAGUCAACAAUAACUGCAAUUGCAACAACAACAGCAGCGGCAGAAACAAACACAGCACUGAGAAUAGAGCAGCGUAUUUGGCGAAAACUUUGCAUUGAUGGUAAUGCAUGCUAGAAAACCGCAGCGUAUGAACGAUGGGUACUUUGAGAAGCAUACCAGUCACACAUCCUACCAGAGCUCAAAGUACAGCAGUUCAAAACGCGACUAUGAACGCGAUCGUUCAUCGAACUAUCGCGAUCGUGACAUCUCACCUGGCGCUGGUGGCGGCAACGGCGGCAGCGGCGGCGGCGGUGGCAACGCUGGUGGUGGUGGCGGUGGUGGCCCACUGAACAAUGGCAACAGCUAUCGCUCACAAUCACCGGACAUAGAUUCGCCCUCAUCACGGGGCGGUGUUCAUAGCUCUCAUGGUGGCGGCAAUUACAGCUUCAUACAGAAGAUGCGCGAUCGGGAUCGCGAUUUAUACAAGAAGGAUAAAUAUUCCGAUAAGCGAGAUCGGCGCGGCAACGAUCGGGACUCGGAGUCGUAUCGCACGAAUCAUGACAGGGAUCGGCGGGGCGGUGGCGGCGGCAGCAGUAGCGGAGCAAAACUCUGUUCAUCCCGAGACAAUGACAAACGCUCAGGCUCGGAUGAUCGCGAUCGGGAGCGCAUGCGCGACAAGCGAGAUCGUGGCACAGACCGUGACAGGGAUAUGUACAAGAAGGACAAGUAUACAGACAAACGCGAGCGCAGCGAUCGUGGAGAGCGCGUGCCGCGGUAUGGCGACUGGAGUGAGCAUGUUAGCUCCUCGGGGAAAAUGUAUUACUACAAUUGCAAGACGGAGGUCUCCCAAUGGGAGAAGCCGAAGGAAUGGGCGGAUAGAGAAAGAAUUUUACCGCGUGAUCAGCAUCGUGAGAAGGACUACCGCGACAAGGAACGCGAUCGAGAUCGCGAUGAUCGCUUCCCAAGAUCGGCUUAUAAACAUUCCAAUUCAUCGCGCGACAAUUCACGACUGAGAUGGAAUUACGACAACGAUGGUGGGCCGCCCAGUCAUCGAAGGCGUUUAGAUGGUCGACAUAACGAUAAUGCUGACAUGGACAUAAGCGGUGAUUCAACGCCCACAUCGGAGGCAAGCUACUCGCUGACGGGCACACCCACCACACAUGGCGGUGCGGCGCUAAACGAUCCAGCUGUUGUCCUGCCACCGGGCGCUAUUCCGUGUGCAAUGGGGAAUGCAUUACCACGACUAGCAUCACAUCCCAAUCCGAUGUCGUGUGUCGGUUCUGUGCUGCCGAUGGGAACGGCAGCAGCUGCUGCUGCAGCAGUCGCUAUGCACUUUUCGGCCACAACGGUGGGUGCCGGUGGUGUUGUGGUCACCGGCGGUCCCGUUAGCGGCGCUACCAUGUUGCCCACCACCGGCCUUGCCUCAGUGCCGCCAACAAUCGGUGGCACGCCCAUGUCGUCAAUCUCCAACAGCAACAGCAGCCUUAGAAACUCAGUUGUCGGCCACAUUGGUUCAACGUCCAGUACAACGGUGCCGACUUUAACAAAUCAGGAGCAUCAUCUAAACUCGAAUGCGCCGGGGCCGCCAAAUAAGCUGCUAGUGGGCGGAAAGGAGACGUCAUCGCUGAUAAUGCGCCAACAGAUGCUGAGCGGCCUCGAUGUUGGGCAUCAUUUGAUGGCCGCUGGCGUGCCUGGGUCUGCUGCCGUCAGCGCAGGCGGCUCUGUUGUUGUUGGCGGCAGCAGUUGUAGUUUAAUAGGUGGUGGUGUCGGCGCUUCCACAGACGCAGUGAAUCAUGCGUACAAUUCGGUUAAUUCCGUUUCCGCUAGCAGCUUAAGCAGUUUAAGAGAUAAUCCCGUCAACUCGCCACUGUAUAUGCAACAUCCGCAUCACAGUUUGUCCCCAUCAUUGAAUUACACCAAGAGCCCGAUCCCAACGAUUGUGGGUCACACGAACAAUGUGAAUGCCACAAAUAUAGCUAGUUGUGGUGGUCUAAGCAACGCCUAUACCUGCAAUCCACCAUUCACAAUGAAGACUGUUGACGGCAGCGGCGUAAUGGCCGGUGUGGCAAGUGUUGUUGUUGCUGGUGGCAGCGGCGGCGUUGGCCCCUCUGGCUGUGCUCCAAAUGCCAACAAUAUUGUGACCGGCUUGGGCACUGUCAGUGGUAUCAGCGUCAUCACCUCCAUGGGCAGCAAUAGUCUAUGUUCCAGCGCAGUGCUGCCCGGCGAGGGACCGCCAACGCCUACACAGGAAUUAGAUUUAAGUGGCUCAGCUUUAGAACAACAACAUGCUGCUGCAGCAGCAGCAGCGGCGGCAGUUGCUGUGAUGCAGGCAACGCAGCAACAGGCAGCGCAGCAGGCGCAACAGCAACGCAAGCUUGAUGGCGCUGCCUCGGCCACACUGAGUACGCUGCAAAGCUGUGUCACCUCCUCCGUGCAGGCGGCAAACUUGCGUGGACCCGAAAUAUCGCCCAAGCUGGCCAAAUAUUUUCGUGCUGAUUUGAUUGCGCAUGUGACCAACUGGCAAGCGGAGGCCCUGGAGCGUCAGGCGCAGAAAUGCUGUGAGGAUACGCAUCUAUUUGGUGACAUUACCUGCACACGUAUCUGCGCCGAAUUGAAAUGCGCACGCAGUCUGGUGCGUAGUACGGAAAUCAAUGCCACUCUGCAGGAGCAAAAAAUUAUGUAUCUGCGCCAACAAAUACGCCGUAUUGAGGAGUCGAAGACUCAGAACGCGUUCAUGUCUGACGAUACUUAGGAUCAGGAGCAAAUUAGGCUGCGCGUGCAUCGUAAAUUGGCGGUAAGGCUUAAAAAGAGCCCGCUAUGGCGCAGCUGAUGAUGAUGAUGAUGCUAAUGCUAAUCAAGCUCGUGCUCAAGCUGAUGUUGAAGCUGAAGUUGAAGCUCGAUGAAGCAGUCGGCAACAGCUACGGUCAGUCAAUGGCAGCGGAAGCAGCAGAAACAGCAGCAGCGACUGUUGGUGGCAGCAACGGAAACUGUUGAUGGCAGCUAAGUAGCAGCAGCAGCAAAAAUAUUAAGAGCAACAACAACAACAACUACUACUACUACAAUAACAACCAUAAGACCACUAAGGAGCUGGGCGGGCAGGGCUAGCAAAGUUGCACACAAACAACUCACCAAACACACACGCAUGCACACACAACGGCGGCGGCAUGGGAAGCUAAAAAGAAUAGAAUCCAUAAUAUGAAAAGGAAAAACCCUAAAAAUAAUUUAUGAUUAGCAAAAGUAAUUUUAAAAGAAAUCAAUUUUUUAAUAAGCAUGAAGUAAAGCAGCGUGUAUUGUAAACAAACAAACAAAGAAACAAAACACAAAUGCCGUUCAAAAUUACUAAACAAGAAAAAACAAACACUUAAACCAUUUGAUCGAUCCGCAAAACUAGAGAACGCAAGUGGAUAUACAACCAAGACCCACACCCACACACCCACAGCUAACUGCAAACAAACAGACACAGAUACGACAAAAAAGAGUUCAAUAACAGGUCAACAGUUUUGUAAAUGUAUGUAUAGCCAGCAAGUAAGCAAAAAAGCAGGAGAGCGAUUAACCAACCAACCAACAACAACACCAAUAACAACAAGCAAUAUAGAAGAAGCCUCGAAAAGCAACAAAACAAACAAAACAAAUUGCGAAAAUAAAAAAGUCAACAUAGUAUA